AGUGGCUGCUAUGUAAAAGUGUUAAGAACCGGUGUAGGUGGUGAGUAUCUGUCAGACGAGUUACAAAAAUUUGGGAGACAGAAGAUAUUGUGCAUGAAGUAACAUCACCUUACACUUCACAACAUAAUUCUGCUGCUGAGAGAAAGAACAUGGUGAGGAGCAUGCUCAAGAGUAAGAAAGUUCCUACUUAUUUGUGGGGUUAAACAGCCUGCCCUGCUGCUUUCAUUCUAAAUAGAAGUUCAACUAAAAGAUUGAGUGGUAAGACGCCAAAAGAGACAUGGACUGGUAUCAAACCGGACUAACUUUAGAGUUUUCGGCUUUAUAUAUUUCUGACAUAUGCCUGAUCAAUUGAGAAGAAAGCUAGGUGAUAAGGGAGAGCAGAUGGUUCUUGUUGGAUAUUGUUCUACUGGUGGUUACAGAUUCGCUAACCCAAGAAAUGAGCCAGUUGUAAUCAAUAGAGAUGUUAUGAUUCAUGAAUUUAAGCUGUGAUUGGAACACAGAAGCUGAGAAGGGAUCACGGGAUGCUAAUAGAUCUUAAAAGUCCUAAUAAACAUGAAACUGACAGAGCUACUGGAUUGAGGAGAUCAACCAGGUCAAGCAUCAGCCUGACAUGACUAUGAAAUGAUGCAAGAUUCUGCUGCUGAUUCAGAAGGAGAAUUGGUGCGCUAUGCACCAUUUUUGAAUCUGAUUCAAUCAGUUCUGAGAAAGUAAUGCAAGAGCCUAAAUGGGUCAAUGCAAUGGAAGUAGAAUUGAGUUCUAUUGAAAAGAAUGAAAGAUGGGAGCUUGUCAUUUGCCUCAUGGAAAGAAACCUAUAGUGUUAAAGUGGGUGUAUAAAGUGCAAGUGAAUCCAAGUGAUGAAGUGGUCAAAUAUAAGGCCAGACUUGAAGCCAAAGAUUUUCUACAAAUGCCAGAAGUUGACCAUGGGGCAGUCUUUGCACAUGUUGCAAUAUUAGAAAGAGUGAGAUUUAUGGAUGCUAUAGCAAAUUUAAGAAAGUGGUCUGUGCAUCAAUUAGAUGUGAAGUUGGUUUUCUUAAAUGUACUACUAGAUGAGGAAGUGUACGUGAUUCAACCUCUAGGCUUUGAGAUAUUGGGACAAGAGAAAGUAUACAAAUUGAGGAAGGCUUUUUUAAGCAAGCCCCAAGGGCUUGCAACAAGAGAAUAGGUAGCAAUCAAGGGGAGAUUCAAGACAUUUUGUUAGCAAGAGAUGAUUAAAGAGUUUGAAAGGAGUGGUCUGAUUUCCUUCGCACUGAAUUUAAUACAACAGAGAAUGGAAAUGGUGGAGUGGGAGCACAAGAGUAAAGUACCAGGAAAGAUGCAUGGUUGUGGUCAUGAUGCUCAUGUGGCUAUGCUUCUCGGUGCUGCGAAGAUUCUUAAACAUCAUGAAAAAGAGAUACAGGGAACUGUAGUUCUUGUUUUCCAACCAGCAGAGGAAGGAGGUGGGGGAGCCAAGAGAAUUGUAGAGGCUGGAACCUUAGAAAAUGUUUCAGCCAUUUUUGGAUUGCAUGUGUCACGUAACUUCCCAUUAGGUGAAGUGGGCUCUAGGUCUGGUCCAAUGUUGGCAGGAAAUGGUUAUUUUGAAGCUAUAAUAAGGGGAAAAGGAGGUCAUGCAGCCAUUCCUCAACAAUCUAUAGACCCUAUAUUGGCAACUUCUAAUGUUAUAAUUAGCUUACAGAAUCUUGUUUCUCGCGAGGCUGACCCUCUGGAUUCCCAGGUUGUGACUGUAGGAAAAUUCCAAGGAGGUAGUGCAUUCAAUAUCAUUCCAGAUUCUGUCACGAUCGGUGGCACCUUCCGAGCUUUUUCAAAAGAAAGCUUCCAGCAAUUAAGACACCGCAUUGAGCAGGUUGUUAUUGCACAAGCUGCUGUGCAGAGGUGCAAUGCAACAGUGAACUUCCUUCAGGAACAGAAUCCUUUCUUUCCCGUAACCAUAAACGAUGGUGACUUGCAUGAACAUUUUCGGAGUGUUGCAGGGAGUUUGCUUGGCGUGAAUAAAGUAAAUAACAUGCAACCAUUGAUGGGAGCUGAAGACUUUUCAUUCUAUCAAGAGGUUAUACCUGGCUACUUUUUCAUGAUUGGAAUGCAGAAUGCCUCACAUGAAAAACUUGAGCAGGUACACUCACCCUACUUCAAAGUCAAUGAAGAUGUUCUUCCUUAUGGAGCUGCACUUCAUGCCUCAUUAGCUGUUAGUUAUCUUCUGAAACAUCCGCAGGACAUAGCCCCUGCAGAGGGGAAAUAUCAUGAUGAAUUGUAACAGAACUUUACUUUUUGUUGGAAAAAAUGACUGUUAGUAGUCACUAAAAUAAUAACAAUAUACAUUUUGUUUCUUGUAGCAAUGACAUUAUGAACUGGUUUGUAAUUAAAUUUUUAUUAAACCUGGUGUUGAGAUUA